UGAAAACCUAUGAACGUUGUCUGUGGUGUUGGCAGCAAACCUGCCUCCCAGAUAUAUGCAAAAUGUAAAUUCAAACUGUCAUUAAGACAGAUUUCUUUGUACAUUUUUGCUAGGUGUGUUAUAUGCUGUGGGUGGCUAUGAUGGGGCAUCACGACAAUGUCUUAGUUCUGUAGAGGCCUACAACUCAGUGAAAAAUGAAUGGACCUACAUUGCUGAAAUGAGUACACGGCGCAGUGGAGCAGGUGUGGGAGUUCUAAACGGUCUGCUCUAUGCAGUUGGAGGUCACGAUGGCCCACUGGUGAGGAAAAGUGUGGAGAUGUAUGAUGCAUCUGCAAAUACCUGGAAGCAAGUUGCAGACAUGAAUAUGUGCAGGAGGAAUGCAGGUGUCUGUGCUGUAAAUGGUCUGCUGUACGUAGCCGGAGGGGAUGAUGGCUCCUGUAACCUUGCGUCUGUGGAAUAUUACAACCCAACAUUAGAUAAAUGGAUACUUCUACCACAGUGUAUGAGUACAGGAAGAAGUUAUGCAGGUGUUACAGUAAUUGACAAACCUUUAUGAUUAAAGAAUGCUGGAAAAGUUGAAUACUGGAUUCUGCAUUGAAAUGGUAUUUCAUGAAGUAGCUCAACUUUUUAGCACUUCUUUGAUGACCACAUUAGAAGCAAGCAUUUAACGCAGUGUGGAAGAGGGCAGACAACUAUGUCUUGCCAGCAAGAAUGGAAGAUUAAAAUGAUUGCACUUGAUGGAAGCACUACAUGGAAAGGGGCUACAUUACAGCUUUUAGCAAGUAGUGUUGGAAUGGAGCCUUGAAGCAUAAGAUUUGAAAAACAAAAGCUGCUAUAGAAAUACUGACAUAUGUCAGGCAAGAUUGAUUUGUGCCAUGUGAAACAAAGCAACACUUUGUUCUGGACACUACAGUUAAUGGCUUCAUAAAACUCGUGAAUAGCAAACAGAGUAAUGGUUACAAUUGUAUAGUGGCAAAUAAACUGGUUCCAUAUGUCUGACUAUGGAGAUUGAUGUGUAAGUUGCCAACAGUUACAUUUUGAUUACAGGACCAUAAUUUUGUCUACCUUUUGCUGUUGUCAGCACUUGACUCAAGACUUGUUUGAAUAUUUAAUUUAUUUUUGAUUUGGUAUUGAAAAAAAAACACAGUAAAGAGUGAUAGUAUUUGUAGAUAUUGAAAGUUUAACACUAAGUUAUGAAUCGUGGAAGGAAAAAAACUACCAAAACUUUUAAAUGCAUUUUCAAUUUUUAAGUGAUGCAACCAAGUGAGUACAGGCUGGUUUUGAAAUGUAUGUUUGUUAUUUGUUUCUAUUAAGUCAUGAUCAUGUUUUGAUGCAUUUCUACUUUUCUGUGACUCUUGGUUUACUUAAUAUUGUUCUUAGCAUGAAGAAUAGUGUUGUAAGUUUACAUUAUUAAUUGGAAUGCAUUUUCCCUGAAUUGCAUGUUGAGUUGCCAAUAUUCAGUAUAAUUAUUGUACUGGUUACAUUUUGCUGCUUUUCUUUGAAUAACACUUGCCAGUUAUGUUUAGUGUUCUGCUUAAUUGCUGUAAAGAAUAUGAACACUGAAGAAUUUAUUUGCUUGGCGGUGGAGAGAGUACAAGUGUUUCUGCAUUAUUCAAAUUGUUUAAAUAAAAAUUUUUACUGUGUUUAA